AUGUCUUCCAAACUCCCGGUAGUCGCCGUUAUGGGUACCACCGGAGCAGGAAAGACCAAAUUAUCUGUCGAUAUUGCCAAGGCAUUCGAUGGAGAGGUCAUCAACGCAGAUGCGAUGCAAGUGUAUCGAGGUUUGGACAUCAUCACUAACAAAGCAACAAAGCAAGAGAUGCAAGGAAUCCCUCAUCACCUGAUGGACAUCAAAGACCCUGGCGAACAAAUGCAUGUCACGGAAUGGGUGACAAUGGCUAUGCGGACGAUAGAUGACAUUCAUAGUCGUAAGAAGCUGCCCAUUAUCGUUGGAGGAACGUCUUAUUGGCUCCAAAACUUGCUCUUCACAAAUCGGCUGGUCACCAACAAGACACCAAAUUCGGUUACAGUGGAUGAAAAUCUUCAAAGCUCUCUGAAUCGACUCGACUCCACCCAAAGAAAUCUGUACGCUCGUUUGCCAGAUCCACCGCCGCUAGCUUCUGUAGACCCGGAGGGAACCCUUGAGUUAUGGAAACUGUUAGAAGCAUUGGAUCCGGAUAUGGCAUCUAGAUGGCACUGGAAGGACUCAAGAAAAGUAUUACGAAGCCUACAGAUUAUAGCUGAGCACGGGCGCAUGGCCAGCGAUGUGAUCCGAGAUCAAGAUGACAAUUCUCCAGACUCUCGGUAUCAAACGCUUGUCUUCUGGCCGUAUACCCAAAAGGAGAUCCUGGAUGAACGCUUGGACUGUCGAGUUGACGAUAUGGUCAAGUCAGGUCUUCUGGAUGAGAUUAGGACCCUCCAUCAAAUAGCGGGACCUUCCGUCGAUCAUACCUCGGGUAUUUAUCAGUCCAUAGGCUUCAAGGAGUUUGAAGAGUAUCUUCGGAAUCCCUCUGUUGAAACAUUCCGGGACGGCGUUGAGGCAAUGAAGCGAGCUACGAGAAAGUAUGCCGUCUAUCAGACUAAGUGGACUCGUCGCAAGUUUAUUCCUCUGGCGAGCUCCUGCCCCGACACAUGGACAUAUAUAUUGGAUACUUCAAAUCCUAGUGAAUGGGAGCCAAUUAAGACGCAAGGCGUGGAUAUUACGAGUAGUUUCCUAAUGGGAUCAUCACUCCCCUCACCCUCGUCGUUGAGCCCACUGGCCGAGGAAUUGCUUCUCGACACAAUCAAGAUAUUGAGAAACGAGUUCCGUGCGACGUAUGUACGCAAGAUGCUAGGGACCCGUUUCUUGUGA